ACUCAGAAGGAGAGCGAUUUAGCUUGUUGUUCCUCCACUGCGGUUUGGGAUUUAAGGAAUGGGAAGUAUAGAAUUCUAGGACAGGAUGUGGAGGAGUACAGCACAGCCCCUUACGUCGCGUUGCUGGAUUGGUUUUUGAGGAAAGACAACUCCACACUAUUUAUCCCGCAUCUGGAGGAGACCGUGAAAGAAACGCGUAAAUUGAAACCUCGCUCAUCCAGUGGACCCAAAUCGACUUUAUCUGUUACUGGGUCAGGAGAGGAUGCCACGCCCUCGGACUCACCUUCUGGUGCUGCUGGCAGCGAUAUGUGUGGCAGAGCCCUUUACCAGCCCCAAUGGCAGCGACAACGAGGUCUUGAAACACACAGAGGCGUCACUCACCAAGAGCCAGAACCUAGAGAUUGAGAACGCCAUUGGGAACUUUAGCCGAACCGAGCAGGGGGGUGGACCAGCCGCAACCCCGGCAGCCUCGUUCAACACCACAUCUACCCCAGCCCCAGCUCCUACCCCCACCCCUCAGUGCCCAGGUAAUCAGGUGGUGUUGGUGGGCAGCGAGGGCUGUGGAUGCCCUGUUGGCAUGGUGAAUGUGGCAGGAGAGAACUGUACCUGCCCUGUGGGUUACACUCUGCGGCGAGCAGCAGGGUGCCUUGAUGUAGAUGAGUGUAAAGGGGAGGGGCCAGGGCCAUGCAGUCUCCAUGCCGACUGCACAAACACACCCGGCUCAUACCUGUGCAAAUGUCUUCGUGGUUACCUGAUGGGUGCAGGAGGAUGCCAAGAUAUUGAUGAGUGUGCUCUAGCUGAAGUGACCGGGCUGCAGGCGUGUGGGUCUGGGGCAGACUGCAGGAACACCCUUGGAUCCUUCUCAUGUUUCUGUCCAGUUGGAUACGUUAUGGCUCUUGACGGACACAGUUGUGUGGACGUUGAUGAGUGCAGCUUUGAGGAGCAGUGUCGCAGGGAGCUGGGGAACGUGUGUGUGAACACCCCUGGUAGCUUCGUGUGUCAGUGUCAGCCUGGCUUCAGAGCAGAGGUCCCAGCCUGCAUCGAUGAGGAUGAGUGUAAGGAAACUCCAGAUGUGUGUGCUGGUCAGGGUGUGUGUGAGAACACUUUUGGGAGUUAUAAGUGUGUCUGCCAAAGAGGUUACCGGGGCAAUGGCUCAUACUGUGAGGAUGAGAAUGAGUGUGCAUCAGGGCGUCACGGUUGUGAUACUAAUGCUCGCUGUGGGAACAUCAUUGGCUCCUACUUCUGCCAGUGUUACCAGGGCUUCAAUGGGGAUGGUCUCUCUUGCUUCGAUGUUGAUGAGUGUGCCCUGAGCAAUGGGCACUGUGAGCACAACUGCACCAACGAGCCAGGAGGCUACAGCUGCCACUGUGGCAUAGGCUACCAGCUAGCCCAGGAUGGACACAACUGCUCAGACGUUGAUGAGUGUGUGGUGCAGAACGGGACGUGUGAGCAGGUGUGCACCAACACGCAGGGCUCCUUCCUGUGUUCCUGCCGACCUGGCUACCAGCUUCACAUCGACCGCCACAGCUGUGUAGAUAUCGACGAGUGUAAGCUCCAGAACGGGGGCUGCUCCCACACCUGCACCAACACACCGGGGGGGCACACGUGUUCCUGUCCCGCCCCUCUACUGCUGCACGCGGACAAUACCAGCUGUGUCAAUGUGACCUCGUGCGACUUUAGGAGAGGCGGCUGUGACCACUUGUGUACUGUGCGCGCCGAGGGGCUUCUCUACUGCAGCUGCAGUGCAGGAUGGCAACUGGGCAAGGACCUGAGGAGUUGCCUGGAUGUGAAUGAGUGUGGGGACUUCACGAACGGCGGUUGUGAGCAGCUGUGCCAGAACCACCCUGGUGGCUUUAACUGCAGCUGCGGGGAGGGCUACGUAGCGCGUACCGACGACCCCACCAGGUGCCAACCGGUGUGUGACCCCCCAUGUCAGAACUAUGGAGCAUGUGUGGCCCCUCACUCUUGUGACUGUCCUGCAGGUUACCCUGGUCCUGGCUGUUCAGCCAUGUGCUCCCCGCCCUGUGCCCAUGGAGGAACAUGUAUGCGCUGGGACAUGUGUCUCUGCCCACCUGGCUGGACGGGGACUGGCUGUCACACAGGUACACUGUCCCCGUCACGCGGGCUGCAUCUGGAAUGGCGCCCUAUUCCCUAUGUGUUUAAGAAGGAGCUGGGUGCCGGGUGCUGUGAGUCGGGGGUGGGGUGGCGAGGUUGUGGUGGGGGAGGAAGUAGGAGGCUUGUGUUUUCUUCGUUCUUGGCAGAGCGAGCUGGGAGUGUGAGCGAGAGGGAGCUGAUCCACGCAGAUUGCGGAAAAUGGGCUCUAGCAAAGAAGUGGCUCGCCUGUGGAAGGAAGGCGUCGGGGGAUGGCAGCCAAUGGCAAGCGACCAGCCAUGGUGACUCAGAAUCUGUGUCUCUUAUGAUGCCAUUACCUGCCGUAACCACCUGUGACGACAGCUCCCAGGGCGCCCAGUGUGGUAACCCCCCGCACCUCUCCAAAAACCUGUAUAUGUAUGCGUUCGUUUCGGAGGGUUUAUAA